AUGGCUUGUUGCCGUGGAAAGGCGGCCAACGUCAUCACAGACCCAUCGCACCCCAAGGAAACAGAUGAGUUCUUGGAUCCUGUGAAAACGCCUACUGGUCUCGUCGGAGUGGAAGCAGCUUCUCUCCCUGCUCCCCUACAGCCCACCACCCUGCACAACAUCUCUCUCAAACAUCUGGGAACAGAAAUCCAGAAUUUUGGUUCUAAAACUGUAUUUCAGUUCUCUGGAAACAAAUCAUUAAGAGAAAAUAGGACAUGUUUUGAAGAAACUAAUCAGGGACCAAAUGAGACUGGGCAAGAUCUACCUCAGAUCAAGGAAGGAGACAUAUCAGUUAAGGACUUACACCAGGAAGAGCAGAAGACCCCAUUUCAGAAGAGUACUAGGGGCAGUUUGAAAUUGCUGACCAAUCGAUUCAACAACACACCGUUGCCUGCAGAGGAGGACAGGAAUAGCCCAGACAACAACACAAGGUUACACAAUGACAUCUUGAGACUCACCAACGAGCUUAAUGCACAGAGGGAAUUGGUCAAGCUCUUGCACCGAGCCCUGGAGGCUGCACAGCAGGAGAAGAGGGCCUGCAACUCCUACCUCUCGGCAGACGACUCCACCCGCUUGGAGCUGGUGCGGCACAAGGUGAGGCAGGUCAGGGACUUGGAGAACCGGGUCAGUGCGUUGGAGAAGGAGAAGCAGGAGCUGGAGCAGAGCCUGAGGCUGCAGAGGGACCUUGUGGAGGAGUUGAAGCAGCAUGCCCAGCUCCUGAUGGAGAAGAACAACGCCAAACAAGAGGUCAUCCUGAAACUCUCCGAGCAGAUGGCCAACGAAUACACCUCUCCGUCAGAAGCAUGCGACAAAGUAACUGCCGAGACGAUGAGGAAACUGGAGGAGAGAUUUGCACAUUUAAAGGAUGAUCAAGAAGCUUACAAAACGCAGAACAAGUUCUUGAACUCUGAGAUCUACCAGGUCACUAAGCUUUGGCAGGCCACAGUGGAUCGGGAGAAUGCUUUGGCUAUGAAGUGUGCUUUUUUGAAGGCCAGGUACUGCCAGAUCGAGAGCAAGUAUUUGACAAUACUUCACAAGCUUCAAGAUGACAUCAGUAACCAAAAAGAGACAGACCAGGAUAUGGUGAAGCAGCUUAUUGCUGACCAGUCAAAAUGGGAGAAUAAAGAUCAAUCUGGCAGCAAUGUUGGUGGUAUUUGCAAUGAGUAUGAUGAAUAUGGUUUCAAGACAGUGUCAUCUCCGGUGCUGGAGAAAAACCUCCUGGCCAAAAUCCAGGCUCUUGAACGAAAAUCCAUGCAACUGAUGGCCACUCAGGAGAGUCAAGAGAAAACCUUCCAGGUGAAGUGGACAAACCAUCUGUCAGGCAGAUCCUUUGGUGAAAUUCAACCAUCGCCAGAGUUAAAGAACAUGAUCCGUAAUGGCAUCCCCAAGGAAUAUCGGAGGCAUGUUUGGAAGUGGUGCACUGAUCGGUGGGUGCGGCGUAUAAGGGAGCGAUAUGGUGGGAAGCGCUAUCAGGAGCUGCUGAAGCUGUGCAAGAACAUAGACCAAGCAGCAUCCAAGCAGAUUGAACUGGACCUCCACCGGACUCUGACCAAUAACAGGCUGUUCACUUCCCCGAACUCCAAGAUGGUUCAGAAACUCCGCCGAGUGUUAUUGGCAUACUCGUGGCAAAACCCUGACAUCGGAUACUGCCAGGGACUGAACAGACUGGCAGCCAUUGCGUUGUUGAUCCUGAGAGAGGAAGAAGAUGCUUUCUGGUGCCUCGUGGCCAUAAUUGACUGUAUUAUGCCAGAGGAUUACUACAGCAAGACCCUUACUGGCUCCCAGGUCGACCAGAGGGUGUUUAAGGACUUCCUGUCAGAGAAACUGCCCAGGCUCAUGUCUCACUUCGAUCAGUAUAAUGUGGACCUCUCUUACAUUACGUUUAACUGGUUCCUCGUUGUCUUUGUUGACAGCCUUCAGAGUAACAUUCUGCUCAAGGUCUGGGAUGCAUUCCUGUACGAGGGAACAAAGGUUAUAUUCCGCUAUGCACUAGCAAUUUUCAAAUACAAUGAGGAAGAAAUUCUGAAACUUAAUGACAACCUGGCAAUUUAUGACUACCUUAGAUACUUGACACAAAACAUUUCCCAGGGAAGGAAGCUCAUGAACAUUGCAUUUGUUGAAAUGAACCCAUUUCCCUUGAAGCUGCUUCGAAACCGUCGGCUAUUGCACCUGGAGAAACUCAAGGCUGAGCUGAGCGAGCUGGAGAGGAUACGUGAAGCAUACGUGAAAGAAAGAGUGGAACAGAAGAUCACAAUUGAUGGUGCUAGUGAGGAUGAGGACGAAACUGAAAGGAAUCGUCCUGAAGUGGCCUCGCCUGAAUUUUUCCCAGGGGAUACCUCAAAAUCAUGAACCAUGCUCUUCAAGAAUGAGCACCUAUACUCCAGUUUUCCAAACAUAGAAAUAACUUCUCUCAAGAUGUGUUUCCUUUAUUUACAAGGGAAAACACACGAGUAAAGUUGAUAGAUUUCACUAUGUGUUACCUUUCUUGUGCUUAUUAUUGUCAAUAUCAAGUGUCCCAGCUUGGGUGUAGCUGAGUCCAGAUGCAGAGGAAAAUAUGAUUUGCCCUAAGCAAAGGUACCUUUUUACCAAAGCUUGGAAGAGUGCUACCAUCGUCAUUUUAAACGUUUUAUUUUGGUUCUCAUACCAAACAUCCUGUGAACGAGAUUGAACCAAUCAGUCCUGAAAUAGUCUGGUGGCUUUUGGAGUCAUGAUUGGCAGGAUCUGGAGAGGACCUUUCAUUCCCAGGUUCAUUCCCAAACAAUGAUUGAGAUUGAGGAAAGAUUCAAUCCUAUCUGCCCAAACAGGUUCAAACCCACCUUAGGAAGGAUAUAUUGGUCUUAGAGGGAGUACAGUAUAAGUUUAAAAGAGUGGUACCUGGACUUCAGGGGUUAAGUCAGGAGGAGAGAUUAUGCAAACUAGGCCUGUUUUCUUUAGAAUUUAGAAUGUUAAAGGUGAUCUGAUCGAAAUCUUCAAGAUAUUAACAGGAGACUACAAGGUGAUAAAGAUAAACUAUUUCUAUGGGUUGAGGAUUCUAGAACCAAGAAGCAGAGUCUGAGAAUUGGAGACAGACAGCUCGGGAGAGUUGUUGGGAAGCACGUCUGCACAAUGGGUGGCAAAGAUUUGGAACUCUCUUCCACAGUCAGAAGUUGAUGCUAGAUCAGUUAAUUUUAAAACUGAUAUAGGUAAAUUUUUGUUAUGCAAAGGUGUUAAGAGGUAUGAGCCAAAGUCAGGCAUAUGGAGUUAGGCCUCAGAUCAACUAUGAUUUAACUGAACGGUGGAACAGGCUUGAAGGGCUGAAUAGCCUAUUCCUGUACCUAUAUUCAAAGAUGAGAGGAGAGCGAGCUAUACACUGCCAUGUCAUAUAAGAGGAUUAUAUAUAACCUUGAUGCUUGAUUUUAGCCCAAUUUGGAGCUCAUCAGAUAAAUGUGUACACACGGAAUGUCUCAGUUAGGUAAAGUGUUAGGUAUUACUUGAAGAAACGUAUAUGUGAUUUAUCGUCCAAAUAUGGGACAGAAAUCUAAUCCCAAACCCAAUGUCCCCUUCUUUCACAUGCUAUCUGAAUGGGUGUUUCUGCACCUGAUUGACUGCAGGCAGAUGGUGGUUCUCAAGGAGAUUUAGGGAUAGGCAAUAAAUGCUGGCUAAGCCAAAGAUACCAUCAUCCCAUGAGAGAAUAAUUUACAAAAUAACCACAGAAAUAUUUAUUAUUGAUAAAUGAUAACUUGUAUCAAUGGUGGGCACAGGGUAACAUCUUUGGAAUUGGCAGGAUUCAGGUGCAAUUAAUCAACCUGGCACAUGGCCAACAUUCAUUUAAUUUGAAAAUUUUUUUUUAAAGAAACUGCUACCUUUAGUCUACAGAAAUUCACUUUGUGUGCGAACUAUGAGCCUCUGUAAGUUUGUGGUUGAUUAUAGACUGUGCAACCAGGCCCUGUAUCGAUUAUCUCAUUGCAAAGUUGAUUGAUUUGCUCAGAUAUUAAGAGCCACAACUCACCUGAGAUGUCUCUCUGUUUUGCCACUGGUAAUGAUGUUCAUGAUGAACGUGAAUUAAAAUUAUUUUGUAACACUUUGA